AUGGAGCGGGGGCCGGUGGUGGGGGCAGGGCCGGGGGCCGGGGCCCGAAUCCGGGCACUGCUGGGCUGCCUGGUCAAGGUGCUGCUCUGGGUGGCCUCUGCUUUGCUGUACUUUGGAAGUGAACAGGCCGCCCGUCUCCUGGGCAGCCCCUGCUUACGGCGCCUCUACCACGCCUGGUUGGCAGCAGUGGUCAUCUUCGGGCCCCUUCUGCAGUUCCAUGUGAACCCUCGGACUAUCUUCGCCAGCCACGGCAACUUCUUCAACAUAAAGUUUGUGAAUUCGGCAUGGGGCUGGACGUGCACCUUCCUGGGGGGCUUCGUGUUGCUGGUGGUGUUCCUGGCUACGCGGCGCGUGGCAGUGACUGCCCGGCACCUGAGCCGGCUGGUGGUGGGGGCGGCGGUGUGGCGGGGGGCCGGCCGGGCCUUCCUGCUCAUCGAGGACCUGACCGGUUCCUGCUUCGAGCCGCUGCCCCAGGGCCUGCUGCUGCACGAGCUUCCCGACCGCCGCAGCUGCCUGGCAGCCGGCCACCAGUGGCGGGGCUACACGGUCUCCUCCCACACCUUCCUGCUCACCUUCUGCUGUCUGCUCAUGGCCGAGGAAGCCGCUGUGUUCGCCAAGUACCUGGCCCAUGGGCUGCCAGCCGGGGCGCCCCUGCGCCUGGUCUUCCUGCUCAACGUGCUGCUGCUGGGCCUCUGGAACUUCUUGCUGCUCUGUACCGUCAUCUAUUUCCACCAGUACACUCACAAGGUGGUGGGUGCCGCCGUGGGCACCUUUGCCUGGUACCUCACCUAUGGCAGCUGGUAUCACCAGCCCUGGUCUCCAGGUAGCCCAGGCCACGGGCUCUUCCCUCGGCCCCACUCCAGCCGCAAGCAUAACUGAAAGAAAUAAAGGCAAAUCACGCCCA